AGUCGUCUGCUUUUAAUAUGUGUUUUUUUCCCCUUCUUCUCCUCAAUGCUUUGCUAUAAAGUUUAUAAUAUCUUCUUCUACUUGACCUCUUCGAAUUCCUGCUGAUUUUGGGAUUCGAGUCUUACUUGAUUUCAAAGUCGCUGUCUUCUGUGAUUUGAGUUCGCAGAUUGGAUUCAAAGUUCCUUCCUUUCGAUUUUGACCACUGAGUGACUAGGCUUUGAAGAUCACUGUAACUAUUGGAUCCUGCACCGUUGUGUUUCCGACAGCUAUAUCAGUUUGGUCGGUGAUCAGAUGUGGAUUUAGAGCAUAACCGGUUUAGGAUCCGAUUCUGUUGUUUUGUUCUGAGUGGGCGGUUUAAAGUUUCAAGUUUUUCAUUCCUCUGAAGCCUUCUUUUUGGUCUGGGGCAUGAACAAACCGGGGGUCGAUUCGACUACCGAUGGUGCUGGCCAUGAAGCUCUAAAUUUGCAGAGGAGCAGUGGCAUCAACAACAUGCGUAUCCCAACACCACCACAAAUGUCCUUCUCCUCAAACAACAUCAACAUCCCCGGUUCUUUGGUUCUUGACGGCUCUGCUUCAAUGCAGCAGCACUUGUCUCAGCAGCAGCAGCAACAGCAAGCAGGGCAGAGCUCAGUUCCAAUGAGGGAAAACGAUUAUUCCCAUGUGGAUAAGAAGCCUAGGAUUGAGGUGAAGCAAGAGGGUAUGCUGCAGCAGCAGAUUUUCCAGCAGCUGAUCCAGCGUCAGGACCCCACGGGAAGGAACACGCAGCUGCAAGCAUUGCUUCAGCAGCAGAGGCUGAGACAACAGCAGCAGAUUCUUCAGUCCAUGUCACCCUCCCAGAGACUCCAGUUGCAGCAGCAGCAGCUGAGACAGCAGUUACAGCAACCAGGAGGGACUCAGCAGAUCCCUCCUAAUGUGCGUCCUUAUGACGUUGGCGUGUGUGCUCGGAAAAUGAUGAUGUACUUGUAUCAUCUACAGCAACGUCCUGCCGAAAAUUGCAUUAGCUAUUGGAGGAAGUUUGUGGCGGAGUACUUCUCACCUCGUGCAAAGCAAAGGUUGUGCUUGUCACAGUACGAAAGUGCUGGACACCAUGCGCUUGGCAUGUUUCAGCAAGCAGCUCCGGAUAUGUGGCAGUGUGAUCUCUGCAGCACCAAAUCUGGAAAAGGCUUUGAGGCAACUUUCGACGUGCUUGCCAGACUGAUUGAAAUCAAAUUCGCGAGUGGGAUCAUUGAUGAGCUCUUGUAUCUGGACCAUCCAAGAGAACACAGAUUUACCAAUGGACUGAUGAUGUUAGAGUACAGAAAAGCGGUUCAGGAAACUGUACACGAGCAGUUUCGCGUUGUCCGUGAGGGCCAUCUUCGCAUCAUAUUCUCUCAAGAUUUGAAGAUACUUACUUGGGAGUUUUGUGCUCGGCGUCAUGAAGAGCUUCUUCUCCGCAGACUUAUUGCUCCACAGGUGAACCAGUUGCUUCAGGUUGCACAGAAAUGCCAGAGCACCAUCUCGGAGAGUGGGUCAGAGGGAGUUUCUCAGCAGGAUCUACAGUCAAACAGUAACAUGGUCUUGGGAGCAGGAAGGCAGCUGGCGAAGUUUAUGGAGUUACAGUCGCUGAAUGAUCUUGGCUAUCCGAAAAGAUAUAUCAGAACUCUACAGAUAUCUGAAGUUGUCAAGAGCAUGAAGGACCUGAUGAACUUCACUGGCGAGCACAAAGUUGGCCCAAUUGAGGGGUUAAGGCGGCUUUUGGAACAGACAGCGACAGCAAAGCUCCAGAGACAGAAAGUGCAGGAGAUGGAGCAUAUGGGGAAUAGUGGAGCUAUGAAUGGGUCAGCUCAAGCUCAGAUGGCGUUGACUCCAGGAACAAUGAACGGCCUAAUUGGCAACAACAACAGCUCCAACUCCAACAAUCACCAUCAACUUGUUGGUCGUGGAGCUAUGAAUGGCUCGGCUCAAGCAGCAGCAGCUCUGACCAACUACCAAAGCAUGCUUAUGAGGCAAAACGCUAUGAAUAACCCAAACUCAAAUGCGGUCAAAGAAGAGGGGUUCUCUACUCAGAACCCAACCCAGAGCCCAUCUUCUUCCUCCCAUCAGAGGCAGAGCUUAGCAACGCCUGGAUUCCCCAGCUCUCCCCAGAUGCAACAGCAGCAGCAGCAGCAGCAGCAGCGCAACAUGAAUGGCCCUCCUCAUCACUUGCAACCACCCCAUUCACAUGGCAACAACCAGGGGCAGCAGAUGCUUAAUCAGCUGUUACAGGAGAUAUCUGAAAACGGACCGAGUUUGCAACAGCAACAAGCCUUUUCAGGUCAGAGUGGUGGUGGCAACAAUAACGCAGAGAGAAACCCAGCUGCCUCCACUUCCAGCAUCUCAGGAGGAGGAGGAGGCCGAGUUCCAAGCCGAAACAACAGUUUCAAAGCAGUCGUCUCAAACAACAACAAUCAUCAUUUGCCAGAAGAUUUAUCAAUCCCAGAACUAUCUCAUGAUUUCUCAGAAGACGCCUUCUUCAACAACAGUGAUAUUUAUGGUAGCUUGUAGCCUUUGUAAUAUCCCCAACAGAAACAGAGGUAUUGGUUACUUUGACUUUAACAAUAUGAAAGAGUUUUUAGGUUUUUUUUUAUUUUUUAUUUUUUAUUUUAGGUUGGUACGCUUCUCCAGUUUGUUGUUUGGUAUGAGAUUUGACAUUUGCACCUGGGUAAAGUUGUUGUAAUGUGUUUCUUUAUCUGUUA